UUCGCUUUCGUUCUGCGGGGCCAACAGUUACCAGCACGAUGAUUAUUGGUGGUGGCCCAUGGGGCGAACGCGCGCAUUCUGAGUGAAGAUCGUGAUCGGUGGCGUUCUUGCACGUGUGGUGCUGUGAUUGAAGGUGAAGAAGCAUGUGAUGUGUGCUGCAAGCGUGCUCCAAAUGUGCUGGUCAAUAGGAAUUAGGCAAAGCUACCUGCAAUUACAAAUCUCGAAUGCCGCUUGUUUCACGUGACAAACGGACACAACAGUGCAGCGUUAAGCAAAUUGUACCGGCACCGAAUCAACCGGCCAGUCUGCGCGUUAUCUGUAUCGCCCGGUAACCUCGGUACCCUUAUCUGCACCCCCCGGGAACGGAACUGGCCCGGCGCUAAAGUUGUUGCAUUUUCGGAACAAUUCUGUUCCGGCCAUCGCAGGUGGUGGAGCGGCGGUUCCAGUGGGGGAAGGGAGCUGGCGUGAGUAAUGACGACCGAACAGCAGCGGCAGCAUCACCGUCAUCGUCAACACCAGCACCAUCUGUCCACCAGCAUAUGUUUUGAUGCAUUAUCGGUGUUGAAUAAUGUGAAUCUCGUGGAAAAUGUGUGCAGCAUCUGCGGCGCAUCCCACUACACCCAGAACUGUCCAGAGUACGUCAAGGGAGACCAUGUUAAGGAUAAGCCAUCGCUUAACCUUUCAAGGUCAUCGGUGCCCAAUGGCCUACUGAUAAUGGACACACCGGAUGGCGGGAGCUGCGUGGUAACGUCACAAAAGUUCGCCAAAGGGACCCGGUUCGGUCCACUGCUCGCCCAACGCUCGUACGUGCCGGUGCAGGAUAUUCCGUUUCCGCUCGUCCUAUUCGCUGCUCCGUACUCGUACCAGGGUGAAGACGAAGAGUACAGCCGGGAGUUGCAGACACUGUUUAGCAGUGGCCGUAACAUCCAUCUGGACACCCGGAACGAAGCAAAGUGCAACUGGAUGAUACACGUUAGUCUGGCGCGAUUUUCGAACGAACAGAACCUCAUUUGCUAUCAGGAAAACGACGAAAUCUACUACACGGCCGUGAAGGACAUCGAGCUCGGUGACAUCCUGCGGGUGUGGUAUUCACGAAGCUACGCCGCCAAAAUUGGAGCCUCCCUGCUCGAACCAAGUCCGUACGAUAUUUGCAAUAAUAUUCUGCGCUCCGUCAGCAUGGAUUACGGGUUCGAGUUGGACAAGACCGUGACCGGCAGGUUCGGUGUGGAGGAGUUUAAUGGAUCACCGACCGGGAGCUUAAGCUCGAUCGGUGCAAAUAACAGUGCUGGUAGCGUGUCUACCGUCGGUAGUGGUCCCUCUUGUAGUGGUGGUGGACGAAUUGCCGGUGGAAGUAGUAGCACUACAACGUGUCGCCUUCUGUCCUCGUCAUACGAUGAUCACUCCGGUGCUCAUCAUCCGGUUGACAGUGGACUCGCUGAUAUCGACAGCAAUAACAAUAGUGGCAGCUUUUGCUCAUCGAACGGUGUGCCAUUUGUUGGUGGUGGCGGUAGUGGUGGUGGAGCGGUCCAGUGCAAUGGAGAAGUAUCUAACGUCGCAUCGACCUCGGCGUACGAUAAGGUAUCGCUACCGCCCAUCGAUAGCUUGAUGAAGACGACAUCACCGAAAUAUCACAGCAAUACACCGCAGCAUCAGCAGCAUCUUUUCGAUAUGGAUUUACUAGCGGGCGAUGUGGCGCACACCGGUCUAUCCUCCACUAUGCACCACUCGGUGGAUGGGACGGAAUUGAUGGACGGCUACUUCAGUCAUACCUCAUUCAGCAACUCUAGUCACCAGUUGGUGUCGUCUCAGCCACUUCAGCAGCACCAGCACGUGCAGCAACCUCAUUCUGUUCAGCAGCAACAGCCACAACAGCAGCAUCAGCAGCAUCAGCAUCAGCAUCAGCAUCAGCAUCAGCAUCAGCAGCAUCAGCAUCAGCAUCAGCAAUUGCUAACUUUCCAGCAAGAACUGCAUCAACAGAAUCAGCAACUUCUUCAGCAACAACCGCAACAGACGCAGCAUCAUGUCGAUUUGAUCGCUGGCUCGCAUGAAGAUGAUCUGCGGUUUGCACGGCAGCUAAGCGCUCAGUUUGAACAGCACCAAACUGGUAGCCACCAAUCGCUGGAACAACAUCACAGCCAGCCACAGCAGCAUCAACAGAUGCUCGACUAUCACCCAACAUCCGCUUGCCUGCCGGACGAUACGUUGAGCCCCGCGGAUUUGAUCAACAUCUCGCUGGGUGCCAGUGAUAUGAACAUUUCGUUCGAUUCGUUCGGCGACAAUAGCGGUGGCCAGCUGUUGGGCUACGAUGCCGUCAGUGAUGAUGGUCCGGAUGGUGUGAGCUUUUGCGAUUCUAGCUUUGCCCUACUCGCCACUCCCGGUAGUGGUAGUAUCGCGGGGGGAGUGGGUGAUAUGGCCGGUGGUUUGGAGAAGCUUCACAGUCGCUUCUCUUCCUCAUCGGAUUCGUUGAUCACACUACACGAUGCCGCUGGAUGUGGUCUGGGGCUGACGGUGGAUACAUCACCUGCUUCGCUCGCACCACCGUCCACACCUGGUACCCUUGCACCGGCACUGCCGGCGGAAGUGGCGGAGGCAGACAAGAAGUACGUGUGCGAGGUAUGCCUGCGGAAGUACAUGACCAAAUCGAACCUCGACAAGCACGUGCGCAAACAUAAUCUAUUCCUGUGCGUGUUCUGCAUGAAGCUGUUCCAGCAGGCGGAUGAAAUGAAGGACCACGAGUGCAGUGAACGGCGAACCAAAUCCGCCUACCUGCACUGUCCCAAGUGCCUCAAAGUGUUGUCGAACUCUUGGUCCUUGCAACGCCACAUGAAAAUUCACAAAGAGCUCACCCAGGAUGGCGUCGGGGCUACGCUCGACGAACUGGCGGUAGCCGUGGUCAAGGUGGAGAAGGAUCUGCCGGCGUUCGAGGACCUAUCCAGUGCAACACCACCGAGCGAGGAUCUCAAGCCAACGACCAUGACCGUACCGUACGAGAGGAAUAUGAUGCUAACGAUGGGGCACGAAAUUAAGCAGGAAUUGUUCGACACAGAAGUGAGUUUGAUGACCGAACAACAGCAGCUUCCGGAACCGGUUGCCAUCAAAUCGGAACCAGCUGGCAAAACAGGAGCAUCAUCAUCACCGCCAACCUCCCCUCAGACACCGGCAGUCGCCUCCGCAUUGCCUAGCGCGGGCUCUAGUGCGUCCGGAAACACGAGUUCGAGUCAAGACAUGCUCACCAACGUACAAGCGCCGAAUGGAAAGCAGCUCUACAAGUGUAUCGUGUGCUCGAAGCUAUUCAAAAACCCGAACGCACUCGAGAAACAUCUGCGCAAGGUUCACACCGUGUACACAGUAUCGAAUGAUCACAAGUCCGAGAAGAAGGUGCUGAGUCAGAUCAAUCAAAAGAAAACGUCUCCGAUUAAACCGGCUAUUGCCAAAGCUCUGGCCACGAAGCUAUCUCAGAAAAGCAAAAAACAGGAAGAAUUAAACGCUGCGGCGGCGGCAGCGGCAGCAGCUGCAGCAGCAGCAGCAGCUGCCUCAGCUUCUGGGACACACGUGACGGAUUCAAAAACUACAUCGGAUGGUACUGGGGCACUGGUUAAUGCGAACAGUGUAGUGCAACCACCGUUAACCAUACAAGAGCAUCAAAUACAGAGGGUUGCAUGCAUAGAACCUGCUUCUUCACAAAUGUCCCGACAAAGUGCAAAGAAAAAAACCACAUCAAUUGGUGAGGGUGGUGAGAAGAGCAGCAACUCCGGUGGCCUUUCAAUUCCCGGAACCGCCAAUGGUAGACAGCAUUCGAUUGUCGGCGGUAGCAGUCGGCAAGGAGGAGCGAACACGAAGGAUCAACCGAACGCAGCUUCUUCAGCGUCGGCUUCUGCUACCCCAACGUCCGCCAAGUCACACAGCAUCAUCAUCAUUUCGAACUUGGAGCUGACGAACAACAACCUGAUCGAUACGAGCCAACUGUUCCACGGUGGAGCGACCGGCCCAGGUGGCACUGUUGGGGGCAAUACUUUGGGAAACAAGAUCGAUGUGAAAGUAUUAAACGCAACGGAUAAAUUACCUAAAUUGGUACCGAUUUCGAACCAUCAUCACCACCAAUCGACCAUCGUCGGGAUGGGCGGUGCAGCGUUACAGUUGUCGGCGGGUGGAACGCUAAUGGUACCACCACAAUCGGCACCAUCCGCAUCCGCAGUUAACAUGACUGACUCCAAUGUCCCAAGUGGCCUCGGUCAGGUGGAUAGUGUGUUCUCUUCGACCACCGCAGGGGAUGUCGAUGCCGGUUGCAGCUUCUUGGUGGAGGAUAUCUCCAAUGCUGGAGGAAGCGUGAGUUCCACUUCCACACUGCAUGAAUCGCAGCUGGGUACGGUGCCCUCUGCCAAGCAGACACAAGGCAAUGAGGGUUUAAACGGAGAAGAUGAUCUAUCGCCACCGGAGGGUCAUGAUGAAUGCGCUACCAUAACCGUUGACCCCGCGCAGCAAACAUUUCUAUGUGAUGAAUGCGAUCGAGUAUUUGCCAAGAACUAUCAGCUGAAGCGCCAUAUGGAAAUUCACGACAGUGUGUACUACACCUGCCCAUAUUGUGAUCGUGGCCCGCUGAAAGCGAAGGCGUCACUCCGUAAGCAUCUAUACAACGUACAUCCGGAGCGUGCCCCACCAAAGGAGCAAAUUAACAAGUUCAUCUCAACGCUGGUAGUUACGGAUGAGAGCGUUUUGCGUGAGCUGGCGAUAAAAAACGAACAGAAAAUUCGCAACAAGUGUGCCAAAGUGCAAGCCAAACAGGUGCAGCAGCUACAGCAGCAGCAGUUACAGCAGCAACAGCAACAGCAGCAACAACGGCUACAACACCAUGUCCAGAAACAAAGACAACAGGAAUCCCGACGAAACCUAGAAAGCGUUAGCCAUUCGUCUCCGGUAACCCUUGUAGCUAACGGCACAGGAACAUCCGGCGGCGGCGUGGUGAUGUAUGAUAAUGGUUUUCCAGGAUCGGUGUUGAGCGA